GUCAGCACUCCUGAAUAACAGCCCCACCCAGUGGAGAGCUGUGGUAAUGACAGGAAACUUCCUGAAGCCUCUGGAGCUCCUCCAGUCAGAAUAUAAAAGCUGGGACAGUCCCACUGCUGAGACAGAAAGCAACACAGAAGAGAACAGACACUUUAACAGCGGUUCAUCUCACAACAAGAGGACUCAACACUAAACACACAGUGAAGAUGCUGUGCUCUCAUGGAUUCCAGUCUGCCCUCAGUCCAUUCAUGGACUUGUACUGGCCUGUACGCAGUCUGUGGCCAGAGGUCAGACCUCUGCUCCACCAGCAGGAUCUACUGCAGAGAAACCUACAGGAGCUCCGCAGCAGUCUGGAGCUGAUGGACAAACUUCAACACAAGAUCCUGGAGGAGACGGAGCCUUUCCAAACCAGCGUGGCCGUGCAACCGCUUUCCUACCAGCUGGAGAAAGAGGGAGAGGACUUUGGCCUGACCCUGGACACUCAAGGCUUUUCCCCAGAGGAGCUGUCUGUCAGACAGGUGGGCAGGAAGCUGAGAGUCAGCGGGAAGACAGAGAAGAAGCAUGAGGACGAGAAAGGCUCCUACUCUUACAGCCGGCAGGAGUUCAGACGAGAGUUUGAUCUGCCUGAAGGACUGAACCCCGAAGCCGUCACCUGCUACCUGGCUCCCGAUGGGAAGCUCCACAUCCAGGCGGCCAAAGCUCCACGUGUUGAGGAGGCUGAGAGAGAGCUGACUAUCAAGAAGAGCUUGGAGGAGAAAACACAGCAGAGUGUGUGUUCACAGGCAGAAGGCAGCAGCACAGAGACACACAACAGCACACAAACCUGAAGACAUGGACUCAUCUCCAACUUGUUCUAACAAUGUAUAGUCAAUGUGUUUUAUACAAAUGUUUCAUAAUGAUCAUAUGUGUUUUUAUAUGUUAAAAGUUGACUAUAAUCAAUAAACGUUUUAAAAGUUA